CCUCGGGUGGUGAGGAAAACAACCUUUCUAUCUCUUUCUAUUUCUAUGCUCGAAAACAACUCGGAUCCUCCGCGCAUGCGUACAUUCUAAAAUACGAUUUGCACAACGGUCCGAUAUCAAAGAUGGCGGGAGCCUCCGACCCACUGGAGGACAUGCUCUUCAAUGAGGUGGAUGAGAAAGCAGUUAGCGACUUAGUUGGCUCUCUGGAGUCUCAGCUCGGCGACAGAAAGGCUCCCGCCGCUUCUUAUUCCGACGGGAAACGGGACGCAGCGCCAACGGCCGCCGGGCACUUCUCAGGGAAAGUGCGCGAGCAAGUGGGGUCUGUGGAGCCGCAACAAGGGCAUCCAAAAGCGGCGUUACUGACCCAGGAACCCGGCGCUAACGUUUCUGAGCCGCUCUCCGGGAAAGCCCUCACUUCUUCUACCUCCUCUGUCGCCGCCGGGGCCGUGAUCGCCGCCGGAGCGAGUCUACAAACAGUUGGAGUCGGAGCAUCUCCCGUUAUCUCCCCGGGAACUUUGCCCACUCAGCCCGGCGCAGCUAGCUUCCAACGGACGGCUGUUCUGGGCUCGAGCGUUCUGGCUCCGGGCUCGAGCGUUCUGGCUCCGGGCUCGAGCGUCCUGGCUCCGGGCUCGAGCGUCCUGGCUCCGGGCUCGAGCUCGGCGGAGGCGAUCAGGACCGCUUCUCCCGGAUUACAAAGUUUAAACGGGGGUUCCGGGGCUGUAAAGUUGGGGGCCACCACGGUGAUAAGUACCGCCAGUACCGGGGGAUCCACGAUCAUAUCCCCCAUGGCUUCGCAGCCGAAUAACUUCGCUCCUCAGCCCACAGUGGCGUCUCCCGCCGCCGGUACUCUGCAGAGGAUCCCCGGCCCGGUGAACGGACUGGACCCUAAAGCUGCCCCCUCCCCGGCAGCCUCCAGCUCUCAGGCUGGGAGUGCUGCUGCGGUGACCCUGAAGCCGGCAGUGAACGGCGUGGGCCAGCCGGCCGUGGCGCUGGUCAGGCCGCCGGGCGCCGUGGUGAGGCCGCCGGGCGCCGUGGUUACGGCCAUCCAGCAGCAGAGACCCGGGCUGGUGGGGGGCCCCAACAGAGCCCCCGCCCCCCCCCAGCCACAGAUCGCUGUCAGGCCACAGCAGCAGACCAUCCAGUUACCACCAGGCUUCUCCAUGCCCCCAGGGAUGGUUCUGGUCCGGACGGAGACGGGCCAGCUGGUGAUGGUCCCCCAGCAGGUUCUGGCCCAGGCGCAGGCCAAGACGCAGCAGGCCCAGGCCCAGGCCCAGGCAGCGGCCAACCUCAACCAGAGACCGGCAGCGCCAACAGCCGGGACCGCCAUCCGGGUCAGCACCGCCGCUACGGCUCCUCAGACGGUCCGCCUGGCCGCCCCCGUUCAGACCAGGAUGGUUCAGUCUCCCUCCACCACCGUACAGAAGGCUCUCACGGUGGCGCCGGGCGGAGCCGCGGUGUCGGUAAAGAUGACCCCCCAGAAGGCUCAAACGGUGAUCACCGCUGGGGGGACGCCGGUGGCCAAACCUGCCGGCGUCCCGUCCGCCCCGCUGACCAGCACCACGCCCCCUACCACGCCCACCACGCCCGCCAGAGUCAACAUGGUGUCGCAGGAGAUGCAGGAAAACGUGAAGAAGUGUAAGAACUUUCUGGCCACUCUGAUCAAGCUGGCGUCGCACAACUCUCCUUCCCCGGAUACCUCCAAGAAUGUCAAGGCCCUGGUACAGGACCUGCUGGAUGCAAAGAUUGAGCCGGAGGAGUUCACCACUCGGCUGCAGGCUGAGUUGAAGUCCUCCCCACAGCCCUACCUCAUCCCCUUCCUCAAGAAAAGCCUCCCGACGCUGCGCCAGUCUCUGCUCAGCAACCAGCAGUCUCUGGUGACCCCCAGCACCUCGGCCCCCCACCACCAUCACCACGGCCAUCAGGCCCCGGCUGCCAACUCUCCACUCGCCAACACCAUGGCUGUGAACCGAGCAGGAGUCCAGCCGGUUCAGACCCGUUCUCCAGUCGUCUUCAGUCAGACUCUCAGACCUCAGGGGACACUCGUGAGUCGACCCAUGACGAUAAUCGGCAGAGGUCUGGUGACGCCGGCAGCUACGGCCAAUCAGAGGAAGCUGAGCGACCCGGGGGGCGGGACCUUCAGAGAUGACGAUGACAUCAACGACGUGGCGUCCAUGGCGGGGGUCAACCUCAACGAGGAGAACGCCCGUAUCCUAGCAACCAGCUCUGAGCUGGUGGGGACCAAGAUCCGCUCGUGUAAAGACGAAGCCUUCCUGCCCCCCGGGCUGCUGCACCGCCGCAUCCUGGACACUGCUAGGAAGCUUGGGGUGAGUGAGGUCCCUCUGGACGUGGUGAACCUGGUGUCCCACGCCACCCAGUCCCGCCUGCGAGCGCUGCUGGAGAAAGUCUCCGUCGUGGCCCAGCACCGCUCAGACUCUGGCAAGGAUGAAGAGCAUCACGAGGCCUCGUCAGACGUUCGCUCUCAGCUUCGCUUCUUCGAGCAGUUGGAGCGGAUGGAGAAACAGAGGAAGGAUGACCAGGAGAGAGAGAUCCUGCUGAAAGCUGCCAAGAGUCGAGCUCGGCAGGAGGAUCCUGAACAGGCUCGUCUGAAGCAGAAAGCUAAAGAGAUGCAGCAGCAGGAGCUGGCUCAGAUCAGACAGCGAGACGCCAACCUCACGGCCCUCGCCGCCAUCGGGCCGCGCAAGAAACGCAAGAUGGGCUCACCGGGAGGCGCCGCGCCGGGCAGCGAGGUGGCAUCCGGCUCGGCUGCAGGCUCCCCGGCUGCAGCAGCGUCUGCCUCGUCGUCCCGGCAACAGCUGCGUCAGCGAAUCACACGAGUUAACCUCAGGGACUUCAUCUUCUGUCUGGAGCAGGAACGCUGCACAGCUCGCUCACUCACGCUCUACAAGGCCCUGCUCAAAUGAUGAGGACUGGACUCCUCCUCCUCCUCCUCAGUGUCUCCUAGCCUCCUCAGUGUCUCCUCUCUCCUCAGAGUGUCUCCUUGCCUCCUCAGAGUGUCUCCUCUCUCCUCAGAGUGUCUCCUCCUUCGGUCCCUGCAGCUCCUUUUAACUUUUGUCUUUUUAACAUCUUCAGCUGGUCCCGGAGGCGAGUUUCUGGCUCCGUCUCCACGGCUACGUUUUGAUCUUCUGCUGCUUUUUUGUUAUCGAUCGGCCACGAAUGAGUUUCUAAAUGAAGUUGGUUUCUGAGUGAAAAUGAACUUUAUGAAGCCGGUUCCUCGUAUGAACUCUAGAGGAGUGGAAACAACUAGAAAAUAUUCAUAUUUCAGAAGAUGGAAUCGGAGAAGUUUGACUUGUUUUUAAUCAUUAAUAAUGACUCAAAGUAGUUGGUGAAUAAUGUAAAAGCUGACUGGAUGUGUGUUUGCAGCCCUCAGACCAGAACAUUUAGCUUCUGGACCACGUUCUGAGAGUUGGUAUGCUUCUGAGAGCUGCAAACAUUAAUCCAGUUGUUAACUGUUGACUUAAAGGUGCCCUGCCCCACGUAUUUCCUGACUUUGUGGUGAUGUCUGAAGGUCUACCAUGGACUCUG